UCUCGUACUCGUACAUGCUUCUUUCUUUCUCGCAGCUGCCCGUGCCUCAACUCGAGCUGAUAUCACACGUCUGACGGUCUCUGUAGACCUUACUCUUCGUAUGACUUCAAGAAUCAAUGGGUGCCACGUCUAGAGCUCUAUCGCGGAAUCGAGGAAUCUUGCAGGAAUGGCCACCCUAACGGACGGUGGCGGGUUUCACACGGUAUCGCGAGAAUCUCAACCUGUGGCAGCAAUCGAUCCUCGGAUUGGUCUAAUCACGAAUAUCGACGAAAUUCGGGAAAUAGAGUAUCCAAAUCUUUCGCAUACGACGUAUCUCGACCAUGCUGGAACGACACUAUAUGCGAAAAGCCUUAUCAGAGCAUAUUCCGAAGAGCUAACAGGCAAUCUCUUUGGGAACCCUCAUUCUGCCUCAGCAUCGUCACAGCUGUCUUCGCGCCGAAUUGAUGAUGUGCGCCUACGUCUUCUACGAUUCUUCAACGCAAAUCCCGACGAUUUUGAUCUAAUCUUUGUUGCAAACGCCACCGCAGCUUUCAAGCUUGUUGCUGAUGCCCUUCGGGAUAGUGAUAACGGCUUCGACUACCGGUAUCACGCCGACUCCCACACCAGCCUUGUGGGCAUCAGAGAACUCGCCUCUAGAGGCAGUACGUGUCUCAAAGACGAUGACGAGGUUGAACAGUGGCUCAGUAGCCUCAAGCAACCACGCCAUGACUUUCCCGAGGGAAUAUCACUAUUUGCAUAUCCUGCUCAGUCAAACAUGACCGGGUGUCGACUGCCUCUGCGGUGGUGUGAAAGGAUACAGGACCUGCGCAGAUCUGGUGGGGGGCCCGUCUAUACUCUGCUUGACGCAGCUGCCCUUGUGUCUACCGCGCCUCUGGAUCUCUCGGAUUGUUCAACGGCUCCUGAUUUUACUGCCGUCAGCUUCUACAAGAUCUUUGGCUUUCCAGACGUUGGUGCUCUGCUAGUACGAAAAGAAUCAGGAAAAGUCCUGCUGCAGCGAAAGUACUUUGGUGGUGGCACAGUUGAUAUGGUGACGAUGUUUGGCGAAGCCUGGCAUGCAAAAAGGGAAACCUCGCUGCACAGCCGGCUUGAAGAUGGGACUCUCCCAUUCCACAACAUCGUCGCUCUGCAACUAGCUCUGGACCUUCACAGAAAACUUUACGGCUCUAUGUCAAAUAUUUCGAGACACGCAAAUUGCCUUGCCUCAAUAUUGCGGGCUCAAUUGAGGGAUCUACAUCAUGCCAAUGGAGCUCGAGUAUGCACACUAUAUCCUGCAGACGCCUCACCAGACGCUCGUGAUGGACCAGUCAUUGCACUCAACCUCAAAGACAGGCACGGCAAGUACGUGAGCAACGCCGAAGUUGAGAAACUUGCAGUCGUCAAGAAUAUCCAGAUCCGAACUGGUGGACUCUGCAACCCGGGUGGAGUGGCGACUCAGCUCGGACUGUCGAAUGAUGCGAUGCGCCAGAACUAUGCCGCAGGCCAAAGGUGUGGUGGGGACAACGAUAUAAUCAACGGAAGGCCUACCGGUGCUAUACGGGUCAGCUUUGGGGCAAUGAGCAACCCGUCAGAUGUAAUCGCUUUUAUUGACUUUAUCAAAGAAUUCUAUGUCGACUGGAAUCCUGCCCAACCAUUGCGCAUUGCACUGUCCCCGCAGGCAAGGCCGAGUCGGACAACCAGUAUGUUUACGGUUGAAAGUCUGUCGGUGUUUCCAAUCAAAAGCUGCUCGGCCUACAAAGUCCCAUCUGAUAUUUCUUGGGAUAUUGGUCUCAAAGGUCUUGCAUGGGAUCGCGAAUGGUGUCUCAUCCAUGAAGGCACAAAUGUCGCACUAAGCCAGAAGCGAUUUCCUCGGAUGGCACUUCUGCGACCAGAGAUUGACCUACAAAAGCGCCUUUUGCGCGUGAGCCUUGCUCCGGGACUAGGCUCAUCCCACGCUCUUGAAGUGAGUCUCGAUUUGUCGCCCAGACACACCGUCCCCAUAAGUGCCUGCGAGAGUACCACAACCAAGUCAUCAAGCGUCUGCGGCGAGGCCGUCGACGUCCAUGUCUACACGUCUCGCGAGGUGGCGGCGUUUUUCAGCGAUGCCCUCGGGGUGCCCUGUACGCUAGCAAGGUUUCCCAACAACGGGACAAUUCGACAAGCCAAAGUGCGUACGCCUGUCUCGACUCGCGGAAGACCUGCUACAACGCUCGGAAAGUCGAUCGCACUUGCGAACGAGAGUCCAAUACUUCUCGUUUCUCGAUCCAGUGUCAACCGGCUGAACGAGCAGAUCAAGCGCAAUGGCGGCGUGGGCAAAGCUGUCGCUGCCGAUUCAUUCCGAGGCAACAUCGUCAUCGCCGAGCAUGUCGAUGGGGGAAAGUCAGAAUGCCCUUAUGCCGAGGACAACUGGACGAGUCUUCAGAUAGGAGAAGACCCGACCAAUACGUUUGAGGUGCUGGGUCCGUGCCAGCGCUGCCAGAUGGUCUGCGUCGACCAGAAAAGUGCUCAGCGACAGCAAGAGCCAUUCAGCACGUUGGCGAAAACGAGGCGGACAGAAGGAAGGGUGUGGUUUGGUAUGCAUAUGUGUCUGAAAUCACUGGAUGCAUUGGAAGGGUCACAGGAUUCGCAGCGAAUAAAAAUCAGGGUCGGCGAUCGAGUGAUGCCGCUAAGUGUCCGUCAUGGAGCCGAGUGAUGGCCAUCAGAUGUAUUAAGACAUGUACAAAAUGGAAUAUCCAUGUAGCCACGAUAGCCAUUCGGUAUCACAGAACAGGUGCAGG